AUUUUCUUCUCUCCGUAGAUUGCAGCAGCUUUUUUUUCCUCCAUUUGGGUCAAGAAAUUUGCCAGGGGCGGGGGGAUUUCGAGGCGAGGAUUUGAAAAAAUCUGGGGAAUUUGGUGGCCCCUUACCGCGGUGAUCGAUAAUUUCUCCGCUUUAUUCGAGUGUAUUUUUAGGGUUUAUCUUGGGUUUUUGGUUUUCUCCGCCGUAUUUCGUAGGGGAAAUUCGUCCCUGUGAAGAUUUCGUAUAUUUAUUUGGGGGUUUUCUUCCAUGCUACGGUGAAAUUCCGAAUCUUGUCAGAGAAAAGAGAAGGAAAAGUGAAAACAAGAAAACAAGGGGGAUUUUGUACCUCGAGGUUGUUCUUCUGGACUUCUGGUGUUCACUUGCGAGCCGGUGAAUCUUGCGGGUGCUUGGCUGCCGGCGAGAUCGAAAGGAGGAACCUUUUCUUUGCUGCUCUGCUCGUGCUGUGUGCUUGCGAGGGGGGAGCCAUGUCGUCGUCGGCGGCGACGGGCGAAGCGGCGUACGCCGCCGGAGUGCAGAAGGGCCCGCUGCAGCCGCACGGCUCCGGGGCGCUCCUCUACAACCACAACGGCGCCGCCGUCUACAGGAAACCCGCCAUUCCGCCGUUCUACCAGCAGCCGGCGGCCAGCAAUGCCGCUGCGCCGGCGGCGCCCGCCCACUCCCCCGCUAGCGCUGAGCCUCUCAAGCGCAAGCGCGGGCGCCCGCGCAAGUAUGGCCCCGCCGACAGCGCCGUGCCGCUGGCUGUCGUGCCCCCGUCCCCGCCACCAGUUCCUGCCCCAGCUGGUGCUGGCACUAACUCUGGCGCGUCACCCACGCUUCCUCCCGGCUUCGCUCCAAGCCCGCAGGGUGGCGCUGUGGUGAGUCCCCAGGCGUCUCCAGCGGCGGCGCCGCCGCUGCCGGCGUCAGAUGCUUCAUCUGCCAAGAAGAGGGGCCGGCCGCUGGGCUCCACUAACAAGAAGCAGCAGCCGCAGGCGGCAGCGCCAGGACCAGGCUGGGCUGGAUUGAAACCUCAUGUUUUCACAGUCCAAGCUGGAGAGGAUAUAGCAUCAAGAGCAAUGUCAUUUUCUGGGAAUGGAUGGGCAGUUUGUAUCCUCACAGCCAAUGGUGCUGUAUCCAAUGUGACCCUGCGUCAAGGAGAUUCUUCUGGUGGAACAGUAACUUACGAGGGACGUUUUGAGAUUCUCUCUUUAGCUGGUUCAUAUCUGCUGUCAGAAUGUGCUGGGAUGAGCAGUCGAACAGGUGGACUUAGUGCUUCUCUUGCUGGUCCUGAUGGGCGUGUUUUAGGUGGUGCAGUAGCAGGACCUCUAACUGCAGCUUCGCCAGUUCAGGUGGUCAUUGGAAGCUUUCUGGCUGGUGGGAAAUUGGAGCUGGACCCUGGAUCAGCACCUGAGAAACCUAUUUUCGGUGGGUUUCCUACUGCUAGCAGUCCUCCGUCCAGGGGUACUGAAUCCUCUGGUGGGCAUGGAAGCCCGCCAAAUGCUGCUGGCUCGUUCAACACCUGCAGUCAACCAGGCUUUCCUAACUUCCCUCAAUGGAGAUGAGCUUAGCUGUUGCUGUCCGCCUGACCAAGCUGUGGGGACUAGGCUUCGUUGCUGUGUUAGGUACUCCCGAAGGAACUGAUGGUUUUCAGGCCUCAAUGUAGAUCGUUGUCAUGUAAUGUGCCAUUUGGUUAGGUUUAUGCUUAUCGAUCCUUUUUCUGUAUUUCUAACUGGUUACAAUGAAGUGUUAGCUUCUUGUUUCUCUUGAUGUGCUACAACAUAGAGUUGCACCAAGGUGAUCGUAACAUAAUGUUAAUUAGAUGGGUUUUUUUUUUGUCAAAUUCCUUUUCUCAAAUCCAUAGUCUUAUUUCUUUAUUUUAGGGCAAUCCAUAGUAUUAUUUGUGUUCUGACUUCUGAGUGUUGUCUUAUUGUGCUAACGAAAUGUUGGAAGUAUAGUUUUCAACUUUUGGUUUA